AUGCCCUCCUCUGAUGUGAUAGGGGUGGAGGGUUGGACGGGCUGCGAGCGCCCUCUGCUGGGCAAAUUAAUAUUGGACUGCAGCCAGCUGCCGAAGCGCCUUGAGACCCAGGAAGGUCUGAUAAGCCAGUGGACAUUUCCCGGAGACUGCCUGCAGGGAGAUGGGACGGGAGAUGCUACCCUGCAGCUAAAAGGCUACAUGGAGCUUCUGAGGGAUAAGUGGCAGGCAGCCUUGGACUGCCCCUCUGCUGUGGAGCGGCAGCAGCUCUGCGAGCGGGUAUUUCAGGGCGGAGAAGAGGAGCUGGGGCUGAUGGAGGCGCUGAAGCUGCUGAUGCUGGGCCAGGCGGUGGAGCUGCACCGCUGCAUGCAGGGCGGGGGGGAAGUCCCCCUCUUCUGCUGGCUGCUGUUCGCCCGCGACUCCUCCGACUGCCCCCGCUCCUUCCUCUGCAACCACCUCGGACACGUGGGCUUCAGUGCCGGGCUGGAGCAGGUGGAGAUGUUCCUGCUGGGCUACGCCUUGCAGUGCACCAUCCAAGUUUACAGACUGUACAAGGUCGACACGGAGGAGUUUGUCACCUACUACCCAGACGACCAUAAGGGCGACUGGCCGCGCGUGUGCCUCGUCACCGAGGACGACCGCCACUACAACGUGCCAGUUGUAGAAGCUGCGGAAGAACUACACGAGCCGCUCAACUCGAGCUGAUCGCCACUGCAGAGAAAUCUCCUGCCAUAUAAACAAAGCACUCCUCAGGUCGAUCCAGAUUAUUACAUUUACGCCAAUUAAAGAAAUAGUUUGACAUAUUGGGACAUGUGCUUUUUGGCUGAGAGUUAGACAGAUCAAUACCACUCCUGUCAUGUCUGUUGAGUAUGAAGCUACAGCAAGCAGCAGAUUAGUUUAGCAUAAAGACUGCAAACAGUUGGAAACAGCUAUCCUGGUUCUGUCUGAAGAGUCUUUGUGCUAAGCUAACUAGCAGCCUGUUGUUGUUUCAUAUUAGACAUGCAGACUUAAGAGUGGUAUCAAUCUGUAUAUUUAACUGGCAGCAGAAAAGCAUGUGUUUUUUCCCCCAAAAUGUCGCUUUAUUCCUUUAAACAAAGAUAUGCUGAUUUGAGACCCUGUGCAAGAUGUGGUUUACACAUUUUUGUACACACUGUACUGUAUACAGAGUUUUCUAUUUGAGUAUGUGUAUAUAUCUGUGCAUCUGAUUCUACAAGAUCAUCUCAGUGAGAUCCAAAUUAGUUUGGAGGGUGUCAUUUUGAGGUGGGGGGGUAAAAAAAAAAGCCCAUGUUUAGUUUUACAUUUUUUUUUCUCUGUUAAAUUGUGAUCAAAACACAACAGAGCUGACAACAGAGCUGACAACAGAGCUGACAACAGAGCUGACCAACAGAGCUGCCAACAGCGCCAAAAGAUGAAAUGGAUGGGGUUCACACUGGAAUUUGGGCACUUUACGUUGCAUAUUAAUUUAUUAUUUUUCCAUUUUGUACUAAGUGAAAUGAGUGUAUUAGUAUAAGAGCGUUUGAUGACUUAUCAGGUUUAACAACAGCUCACACCCGACUGGUGGAUUUAUAGGAAUAUUUAUCACGACCUCUGCGUCAGAGGUGUGUGUGUGUGUGUGUGUGUGUGUGUGUGUGUGUGUGUGUGUGUGUGUGUGUGUGUGUGUGUGUGUG